CGCGGUGGCAGCCUUCGCGCGAGGAGCUUCGUCCGCGCAACAAGACAACUCGCCGUGUGUCUUUGCCCGUGACGCCGAUGACGUGAUUAUUAUUGCGUUCGCCGAGCUGCGCGUUUUUGCGCGUGUGACGUUUCUGUGUUGAUGAUGGAUCGGACGAGCUCGUUUAUCUAAAGAGUGAGAGAGAGAGAGAGAGAGAGAGAGGAUGGACGCCGGCGGCAAGACCCGUGGUAGCAGCAACGCCAACAAGCCGAACUCGGCCUACGUGCCGCACAAUCGGCUCUCGAGGUACUUGGCCGCUCUCUCCAGCCUCGCGCUCGUCAAGUUCAAAAGCGCUCUGGGUUCGGAGCUGCCGCUGGACAAGAUCGGCCUGUUCUCGUCGGCGUCGUUCAGAUGGCUCAACGAGUACCUCUACGCCGGUUACAAGAACGGCAUGAAAGACAAGACUCUGCCAAGCUUGUCGCACCGAGAAACUUGCAAUGUCAACGGGCCCAGAUUGGAAGGUCUGCUGCACGCACAAUUCGUCGAACGUGGCCAAGCAGGCGCAUCGAUGGUCGUGGUCGCUUGGCAAUUCGUGCGAACGCGAUUGAUCGUCGGCUCGGUGGUGCAUCUACUCGGAACCCUCGUCUCACUCGCUGGACCGAUAUUCGUGCUGAGCGAGAUAAUCCGAGCGACGCAAGACCGAAACGCGCUGAAUUUGGCAGCGGGCACGCCGAACAGAACCGCAGGGGCGAGUAGCAACGCGAGCGACGUGACUCGCUCGAGAAGCAAGGAAAUCAUGAUCGACGAGCUCGUCAUUUUCAGUCACAUUGGCCUCCUGAUCGCCGUCGAGAUCGUCGCGCAAUUCCUCAUCGCUUGGAGCUCCUCCCUGAAUCUGAGGACGGCAUGUAGAUUACGCUCCGCUUGCCUCGCGGUGGCUUACAAGAAGCUGCUACGAUCGUCGCUCAGGUGCUCCACUGCCGCCCAACAGACCCUCACCUACUUUGUUCCAGACAGCGAGACGCUGCACGAGCUCAUCGGCAUGGGUCCCCUGGCGCUCAGUGGCCCAGCCGUUCUCUUGAUCGUUUCUGCUUACACCUGGUACACGCUCGGGAGAUGGGCAUUACUUGGCAUUAUUGUUAUUGUUUUGCUCUAUUGCUGCAUGAUAAUAGCCGCAUAUUUCAACAAAGCAUUCGCCGCACGAGCGAUCGAGUACUCGGUGCGACGAAUGUCGCUCGUCGAGGAAUUCAUCAAUAACAUCCAGCUGGCAAAAAUCACGCAGUGGGAUCGUUACUUUCAAGACAAAAUCAGAGAUAUUCGCAACCGUGAGCUAGCGGAGAUGCAGUUCGGCAAUUUCAGCGAAGGCUGCGGCCUGUCGAUGGUCCACACGAUACCAAUCUUCACCGUGUCCACCGUCACACUGUUCGCCAUCGCUCUAGAAAAGCAAGUGUCCCUGGCCGAGUGCGUGCCGGUGCUGGUGCUGUUCCUGAUCAACCUGAAGCAGUGCAUCCGCGCGAGCUGGACCGCGCUCAGCAGUAUCUCGCGGGGCCUGGCUUUCCUCAACAAGCUCAAGGCGAUACUCAUACUGCAGGAGACCGAGCGCUAUCUGGACAAACCGAUCGACCGCAACUUCGCCGUCAUCGUUCGCAAUGGGCACUUCACCUGGGCGAAGAGCAAGCCGCUCGCAGGGCAGGCGUCGAAACGCGCCUCGCGCUUCUACGUGGACGGUCAGCAGGGCAACGCGGUGGACUUCGACUUCCCGUCGACCGACGUGAGCACGAUAUCGGGAAUCGAGUUCUACGUGCCGAAGGGCAAGCUGGUCGGCGUGUGCGGACCCCAAGACUCAGGCAAGACGUCCUUCUUAAUGAGCAUCCUCGGUCAUCUGCAGUGCGUGGGCGGCACCGUCGCGAUCGAUGGCACUCUCGCCUACGUGCCCGCCGAGCCUUGGCUCAUGGACGGCACCGUCAAGGAGAACGUUUUGUUCGGGGAGAGCUACGACUCCAGCAGGUACUACCAGGCGAUCCGCUCGUCGAACCUGCACAGCGAGAUGCCGCGGCUGGCCGAGCUGGACGACACCGAGGUGUCGGCGGCAGACCUCGGCCCGGUGCUGCGCCAGAAGAUCGGCUUGGCUCGGCUGGUCUACGCGCAACGCGAUAUCAAUCUGCUGGACGAGCCGCUUGCCGAUCUGUCUUACAAGGAACGGCUUGAGGUUUUCGACAAGUGCGUCGUGCAGAGGCUUGCCGGUAAAACCGUCAUCGUUGCUACCGACAAGAUCGAACUACUUAGCCAAUGUCACGUAAUCUACAUGAUGAGAGACGGUAAAAUCGUGGAGAACGGGAAGCACGAGGAGCUCAAUCAGUCGAGUUCCGAAUACGCUGAGCUAGUGAAACAGCAGAUUGGCAGGCAUCAGCGAUUACUCAGGUAUCGAGCACAGCAGAGCGCAGCAGCGAUCGCCGUAAUGAAAAACUCGCGUGUCUCCUUCAGAAGCGGCGACUUGACGAGCGCAUCGCCAUCCCGCAUGACGCCGUCGUCCCCGAAAGACUUCUCCUCCAGCAUCGCCGCACUGUCCCUCGACAGCAUCGACACUCGCAGCGACGACUCGCGGCCGCUGUACGGGCGCGCGUUCGAGUUCCCGACGCUGCGCGCCCUGAACGAGAGCAGGCCCAAGUCGGGCACGAGGGUCUACCUGAGAUACGCGGGCGGCUGGCCGGUCGUCGGGCUGCUCUGCCUCCUCGUGGCGCUCUACGCCUUCUGCGUGGCCGUCGCGCCCGUCUGCAUCGUUCACGUCGGACUGAGGGCGGCCGACCUGAGGCUCGCGGUCGGCGUUCUGGCGACGCUCGUCGGCCUGCUCGUGGUCGCCGGCGCGCUGCUCACGGCGGCCUACAACAAGACGACCAUCGGCGCGGCGAGCAAGCUGCACGAGCACUGGAUCGAGAGCCUCGGCCGAGCCCGGAUCUCGGUGUUCAGCAGCGCCACGAUCUCGCUGCUCCUCAACAUCUGCAGCCUGAACCUGCAGGAAGUGGACUCGGUGCUGCCCAGGGCCGCGAUAGCCGUGCUCGUCAACGUCGCCGUCAGCCUGUUCAGCCUGGCGAUCCUCGGCGCGCUGUGCGCCUGGCUGCUCGUCCCGGCGCUCGGCUUCGUCCUCGCGGCCGCCCUCUUCGGCGCGUACGUCCGCGGCGCCGUGCUCGGCCUGCACGAGCUGAAGGUCAGCUCGGCGACCCUCGUGCUCGACCACAUCGGCCACACGGUGCGCGGCCGCGCCACCAUCCAGGCCUUCGCCAAGGAGAAGGACUUCGCCAAGCGCUACUACCGGCUGUUCAACGAGAACUCCACCUACGACCUGAUGCUGUACGCCAGCCGGCUGUGGACGGAGUUCCGGCUGAAGGCGCUGUCGGCGCUGGUGCUGGGCGCGGCGGUCCUCGGCAGCGAACUCGGCUGCGCCGGCGGCGAGGGCCUGGCGCGGCUCGGCCUGGCCUACGUCUGCGCGCUCCAGCUGACGCUCAGCGCGCUGCACGCCGCGGGCGCGCUCGGCAGCGUCUACACCAGCCUCGUGGCGCUCAGCAGCGUCCACCACUACGUGAAGAGCGUGCCGAAGGAGCGCGAGGGCACGGCGCGGCUGUCGAGCCUCUGGCCGAUCGACGGCAGCGUCGAGUUCCGGCGCGUCUGCCUCCUCGACCGGGAGGAGUCCAGCUGGCGGCCGCUCAGCUUCUCCGUGCUGGCGGGCGAGAGCAUCGCGGUCGUGACCAGCCGGGCGGACGCGAAGCUCGCGCUGGUGUCGGCCCUGUUCCGCUUCACCGAGCUGCCGGCCGGCGAGAUCCUCGUCGGCGGCACGAGCAUCGGCCAGGUGCCGCUCGACACGCUGCGCCGCUGCUUGUGCUUCGUGCCCGGCGAGCCGCAGCUCUUCCACGGCAGCAUCCGGCACAACCUCGACCCCGCCGAGCGCCACGCCGACCAGAGCCUCAUGAAGGUGCUGCAGAAGGUCUACCUCUGGGAGAAGGUGUCCAAGCUGCCCGACAAGCUCAUGAGCGACGCCUGCCACCUGUUCACCGCGACGGAGAGGGUCAUGCUCUACCUCGCCAGGGCUCUGCUCAGCGAGCACACCAAGAUAGUCGUGAUGGAGGAGCCGCUGCUCGACGAGCGCGACGAGCACCGCGACGUGCUCGAGCUCGUGCUCGCCACCGCGUUCGACGGCCACACCCUCAUCAGGCUCUCGUCGUGCAGGAUACGCUCUUGCCCGAGAUUCUUAGCCCUCGACGACGAGUUGGAAGACUUCAACUCCGACCAGAACAGCUCGACAUUGUCGCAGCUCACGCUCACCACCGACCUGUACUCCGCUGCGAUGCCUGCGCUCAGCAGUGUCGGCCAGUCGAACAACGCCCACCUGUCGCGAUUCAACGGCGCGCCGCCCAACGACAUCUACACUCUGGUGCCGAUGAACCUGCUGGCCGACAGCUACUCCACUGAUUGACCGCGAUUCCACGAGUUUCGCGAGGCCUUCGCCUAGAGGAUCACCUACGUCUUUUUAAGUGCAUUGCCGCGAUGACUCGCCAUGUUGUCGUGUUGCUGCUGUCGAAGAGUAAUGUUAUUAAAUGAUAAGUUGCUUAAACGAGUCACUAGAAUAGUUAAUGACAACCAAUCAGUUGUUUAUUAAUAAGAUUUCUAUUGCAAAGAGAGAGAGAGAGAGAGAGAGAGAGAGAGAGAGAGAGAGUCUGCUCUCACGAUGAGAACAGAAUAUUUAAGUACUAAUAUUAAGAUAGCUUGCAUAAUAUUAAGUAUAUAAGAGCUAAAGCUUCCUGGCCAAAUCCGCUUGUCGCGUUAUACGAGAACAAGCUCAUAACCAGUUGCCAAAUACAAAGUACCGAAUAUUUGAGUGAAGCAUUGUAUCCUCUAAGUCAUGUUCAAAGUAUGUAUAUACAUGAAAUAUUUAUAUAUGAAAUACAUAAAGUAUUGCGGCGCUCAGUCGGAGAAGCUAUUUCUGUAUAGUUGCCUUGUAUAAAAGACGGACAAUGUAUUAUUGUGCUUACAAUAAAGAGCUUAU